CUUGCUUCGCUUAAUUCGCUUACUUGACUUCUUGAUUGAUUAUUGAUCACUAUUUCGUAAAGUUGAAUUCAGUAUUAUUUUAGAUCUACUAUAUUUAGUAGUGUAAAAUUAUCAUUAUUAUUAUUAUUCUCAAUACUAGAAGAGUGACUAAAAGUUAAAAAAAAAUUAUAACUAAUAUCCAAAAAAAUGAAUUCGGAAAAUAAGGAUACAACAGCAAGUGAAGAUAAAGUUAGAAUGAAAUCGGAACUUUCAUUAAAAGACGAGUGGAACAUUCAGAUAAAAGAUUUUAAUUGGGCCUUUGUUAUUUUUCACCUGAUUUCUCACAUCAUUGCUGUUUAUGGGAUUUUAACAUUUCCCUAUUUGAGUCACAAAUUGACAGCUCUGUGGUUUUACGCUUAUUAUGUGUUUGUUCUUUGCGGACAACUUGCUGGUGCGCAUCGUCUUUGGUCGCAUCGUUCCUACAAAGCAAAAUUACCUCUUAGAAUAAUACUUGCUUGCGCGUACUAUGGUGCAGGACAUUUUAAACUGCGUCAUUGGGUUAAAGUGCAUAGAUUGCAUCAUAAAUACACAGACACGGAUGCCGAUCCCCACAAUAUAAAUCGUGGAUUUUGGUUUGCACACAUGGGAUGGUAUCUAUUACCCAAACAUCCAGAGGUUUUGAAACGAUUAAAGGAAAUUGAUAUGAGUGACAUUAAUGCCGACCCAGUAGUGAAUUUUGGCGAUAAGCACUUCGUAAUUGUGACACUGUUAAUGGCAUUUAUAUUACCAACCCUUGUGCCAGUAUUCUUUUGGAAUGAAAGUUGGUACUGGGCAAUUAUAACACAAUGCUUCAUUCGUUACGAAGCAGUGGUACACGCAAUUUCUUCUAUUAAUAGUUUUUCACAUAUGUUUGGAUAUAAACCAUACGACAGAAAAAUAAAGGCAACUAAUAAUUUAAUUGUUCAAUUUAUCGUCAAUGGCGAGGGUUGGCAUAAUUUUCAUCAUGUAUUCCCAUGGGACUAUCGUACAGGAGAAAUUGCAUAUAUUGACUAUAAUGUGGUUUUACAUUUUAUUAAUCUAUUCAAAAAAAUUGGAUGGGCCUACGAUUGUAAACAAGCAAGUGAUGAGUUAAUUCGAAAAGUUACUGAGAAAAGAAGCGAUAAGAGUAAUCCAUUAGGAAUAACAGAAGUGUCAGAAGGGGAAAAUUAAAAUUUUAAAGUUUUUUUUUUACUAAUUAUUGUAUUUUUUGUAUAAUAAACUAUAAUUUCUCCCUUUCUUUAGGGAUUUUAUACAAAAUGGUAAUAUCAGCAUAUUUAGUAUAGUAAUUCUUCCCUACUAUUUAUGUAUGGAACAUUUAACACUAAUUUUCUAACUAAAACAAGAAUUAAUCCUUAAUAAAAUGUUUAUUAAUAAGUUAUAGGCACAGGUUUAACAUACAAUGUUAAGUUUAAUAACAAAAUAAACAUAUUGUUUAUCUUAUAAACAAACAAUUUCAUAACCAUUGUUU